AUGAUUUCGCUUUGGAGUAACAAUCAUUGGACUGAAGACAUGAACCACAUCUACGGCACACUGUAUUUGGGAUCCAUUGCGGCCACAAAAGACAGACAAGUACUCAGAGAUCGCGGCAUUCGUGGGAUACUGACGGUUAUGGACGAGCCGUUGGCGACCAAAGACCAGUACAUUGAGAUCACGUAUCACUUCUUUAAGGCCGAAGACUUCACCGAUGAGGACCUGUUGACCCGCUUCGUGGAGGCGUACGAUAUAAUCAACACAUUCAUGCGGGCGAAGACUGGAGUACUGGUCCACUGCAGGGCCGGUAUCUCGCGGUCGGCGACUAUCGUUAUCUCGUAUCUGAUGCGCGAACUCCACAAGACUUUCAAAGAAUCCAUGGCUUUCGUCCGCACCAGACGUCCGAUUAUCAGUCCCAACGAAGGCUUUCAGCGCCAGUUAUCUCUAUACGAGUGGAUGGGCUGCCGAUUGGACGCAAACAACCGUCGAUUCAGACAAUACUUGAUGACAACAUAUGAACCACUCGAUGGAAACGGUGUACGGCUAUACUUCGCCCGAUUGUCUUAUGUGGAGGAAUUGACCGCAAACCUCGAGUUGGGGCCGAAGUAUGUGUGCAAAGAGUGCGGCCAAAUGCUGUUCCACGAGAUACAUGUCCUCCAAACCGGUUACUGGACGGGCCAACCGUGCGGUCGACUCUUUGUUGAACCGCAGCCCUGGAUGCAAGAGCUGCCGACGGGAUCCGUUGAGUAUCUGAAAGACAUGGAUAUAAAGUGUCGCAAAAAGUGCAAGAAAUUUGUGGUCAGAGUGUCGACUAUACACAAAAAGACGAGAUAUAUGUCGGGUUAUAUCGAGUCUGCGGUGACAUUCUUAGGCCACGAGACGGUGACUGAGUUCGUGGGCACC